GCGCUCAAUUUUCAGGGACGGCUGAAAUAUCUUCACAGACAAGACCGGACCACAGAGGGCAAAGAGCUCGCCCUGUUUGCCACCGCCACCCCCGUUCAGCCCCCUGCUCUCCUAGAAAUCAGGACCAACACCCUCUUUUUCCAGACCAAACACAAACUGGAUUUUACACCAGUGGGUGUGGACACCAGGGGGAAGGUGGUUCUGGGUUACACUGAGCAGGAGCUGUGCAUGAGAGGAUCUGGAUAUCAGUUCAUCCAUGCUGCUGACAUGAUGUACUGCGCUGACAAACACUUACGCAUGAUGAAAACAGGAGAGAGCGGUUUCUCCAUCUUCAGGCUCUUGAGUAAGACCGGCGUGUGGAUCUGGGUCCAGGCCAACGCUAGAAUGGUGCUCAAGGCAGGCAAACCCGACUUCAUCAUCUGCCAUCAGAAACCCUUGAC